AUGAUUCACAGCUGUCCUCCAGGUAAACGGGGAAGGAAAGGAAACCCUGGAACUCCAGGCAUUCCAGGACGAGAUGGCUACCCGGGUCCAUUGGGUCUGGAUGGCAAGCCUGGACCUCCAGGACAAAAAGGCAGUCAGGGAAUGCCAGGACCAAAAGGAGAUAAGGGUGACCAGGGAGACAUGGGACCCAGGGGACCACCGGCCUACGCUGCAUCUGCAGGCCUGCUCAGUAAUCAGAUUCUCACGGUUAAGGGUGAUCAAGGUCAGGCUGGUCCCCCAGGACCUCCAGGAACACCUGGUCCCAGAGGUCCUCCAGGAAACACAGGCAAAGAUGGGCCACAGGGCCACCCAGGAGAGCCGGGUCCUCCUGGAAAAGAUGGCAAUGAGGGACCAAGAGGGCCACCUGGCAUGCAGGGUACAAAUGGUGUCAAUGGCAUGCCUGGACCACAGGGCCCUUUGGGGCCAAAGGGGGAUCAGGGUGCUCCAGGUCCUGAGGGGAAAAGGGGGAUUGAUGGAUCCCCUGGCUUGAAGGGAGAUGUUGGGCAUCCAGGACCCCAGGGUUUGCCUGGAGAGAAAGGAGAUACUGGCUUCGCCGAAAAUGCUGAUCUGGCUGCUACACUCAAAGCACUGCAGGGGCCACCAGGCCCUCCUGGAGAGCAAGGGCCAAAAGGAGAAAUGGGAUUGCAUGGAGCGCAAGGACCUGAAGGAAAGCAGGGUCAAAAGGGAGAGAGAGGUGAUGCAGGAGAGCCAGGAGCAAAAGGGGAAAAGGGGGAUAUUGGGCUAACAGGGCCUUCAGGAUCAGCAGGGCAAAAAGGUGAUAAAGGAGACUCUAGGCUUGAGGACAAUUUGGACCAGAUUAUCCAUUUGCCUGGACCACCAGGGCCUCCUGGACCCCCUGGGCAUGCCGGAUAUCAUGGAUUGCCUGGACCCAAGGGAGAGCCUGGUGAGGCAGUCAAAGGAGAAAAGGGAGAUGCUGGAGAGAAAGGUCCAUCUGGGCAGCGGGGUCCUCAAGGCUUUCCAGGGUCUAAUGGCUUAGUAGGCCUGCCAGGUGCAAAAGGUGAAAAGGGAAAACAAGGUGAACCAGGAUUAGAUGGUUUCCCAGGGCUUCAAGGAGAAAAGGGGGAGAGAGGAGACAGGGGAGAGAAGGGUGAGAGAGGCUCAAUAGGAAAGAAGGGGCUGAAAGGACUGAAGGGAGAGCAGGGACCUCCAGGGCUUGAUCAGCCUUGUCCUGUGGGGCGAGAUGGACUGCCCAUACCAGGAUGCUGGCAUAAGGAAGAGGCUUCAGAAUCAGGGCAGGUUGGCAAGGACAAGCAAUCUUCUAAGGCCUAAAGAACACUGAAUGGACUAAAUGGAGUGAGAAUGCUUUGCCAAAGUUCAACUGGAUGUUUCAAAGGAAAGGACUCGUCUGUACUACAGGGAGGAACGUGAUGUGGAUACUGCACUGGAUUUGUACUGGUGUACAUACGGACAAAUCUGUUCUCAGGAAACUCUUUUCACUUGGUCAAUAGGAAACCACAUACUAUCUUUUUGUUCCAUUGCUCUCUAAAAUACACCAGUGGAAUAGUGGGGGGGAAAGUAUAAUAACUGAUGUCAUGGAGAAGUCUUGCCUGUUUAUAAGAAGCCUAACUGAAUAAAACUACUUUUAGUCUUUUAUUCAUUGUUUUUGUGAGGGGUUGUUUGCAUCCUCAAUGAGCAUUAUAUAAAGUUUGUGUAAAUAAAAUGGAUAAUUUUUACAUUUAAA